AUUUUCCCGAUCUAAACACUCCAUUUUCUUGGUUUUGUACCGUUAGGGUUUAUCAAAAAUUUCUUCAUAAACCCUUGUUUUUUCUCUAAAUUUCAAAUCCAUGUCAAUUUACUAAUCAAGAACUCAGUACCCAAGUUUCAAUUUCACUCAAAAAUCAGCUGUAAGUAUUUCACUUUUCGUCCCUUUACUUGUAUAUUGGGGCAUUUGGUGUUGUACCUUUUGCUUGUUAAUGCAGUCUAAUACUUAAGGUUUUAGUAAUUACAAAGUGGGGUACAAGAAUCUUGAAUUUUUGGUUCUUGGUUUCUCAGUAACAUCACCAAGUUGUGAUUUUUUUUUUAUUUGGGAAAAAGCUAGGAGUUGUACUUUGGGCAAUUGGGGUUGUUCUUUUACUCCUUAAUGCAGCUUGUAUUUGGUUUUCUUGAAGAAUUUGUUGGUUUUUUGGUUCUGGGUUUCUCAGUAACAUAACAAAGUUGUGAUUUUUUUCUGGGAAAAGCUAGGAGUUGUACUUUGUGCAAUUGGGGUUGUACUUUUACUCCUUAAAUGCAGCCUAAUACUUAAGGUCUGCAUGAAUUUCAAUGUGGGUGUAUGGAUCUUGAACUGCAUAUUGAGUUUCUUGAAAAUUCAGUGCAAUUUUGAGUUGUGGAACUUUUGAUAAUGUCACCAAGUUGUGAACUUUGAGCUGAGUACUGAAGUUUUUGAGUAAAAGAAGCCCUAAAUUUUUUUUAGGAAUUUGAAUAUGACCGUUGGAGGUAAUGCCGAGGAUAAAAGGGAGAAAGAGAAAGAGAGUACCACUGUUGAUAAUACGAGGGAAGAAAGAGCUGGUUCGGAUGAUUUUGGGCGAGCAAUAUCGAGGACUGCGGUGGCACAAAUAUGUGAAAGUAUUGGGUUUGAGAUCUUUAAUGAAUCUGCUCUUGAAUCGCUUGCAGACAUUGCGAUUAAGUAUAUACGUGACCUAGGCAAGACUGCUAGUAGUAGUGCUAAUUUAGCUGGAAGAACACAGUGCAACGUGUUUGAUAUUAUUCAAGGAUUAGAGGAUAUGUGUGCCUCUACGGGUUUUCUUCGUGCAUCUGAGGUGAACCGUUGUGGGUUAAAUUCUGGUAUUGUAAGCGAGAUGGUUGAGUAUGUGGAAUCUGCUGAAGAGAUUCCGUUUUCUCAAUCUCUUCCGCAUUUUCCGGUGGUAAAACAUCCAAAGAUGAUACCUAGUUUUUCGCAAAUUAAUGAAACACCGGCGUUUAAACACGUACCUCCAUGGUUGCCUGCAUUUCCUGAUCAGCAUACUUAUGUACGGACCCCCACGUGGAAUGAGAGAGCAUCUGAUCCUCGAGCUGAUAAAAUCGAAUUAGCAAGACAGCGAAGGAAAGCAGAAAGAUCUUUAUUAAAUUUACAGCAGCGAUUGUUGUGCAAUGGUUCAGCAGGAGCAUCAACUUCUACGCAGCAGCCAGAUGAUGUUGGUAUAAGUAAAAGUGAAAAUCCGUUCGUUGCAAAACCUUUUCAAGCUGGUGAGAAAGCUGUGGAACCCCCAGUGGCUCUUCCAGCUAAACUGCUUUCUAGUGAGGUGGUAGACAAUAAUAAAAAUCAUGUUUCUUUGCUGGAGACGUUUUCCCCUGCAAUUGAGGCAAUGAAGGAUGGGUUUGAUGGUUCGGAGAAGAAACUUCCGGACAAGAGGCCGGCUGUCUGUUUAGAGUUUAGACCGGGAAAGAAGAGCUUAGGUGAUUCUUUGGAUCUGAGGCUUUGGAAAAAGGGUUCGGGGAGAAACGCUUCGUUGUUCAGGCGGGAUGAUGAAAGAGAUGACAAGAAGAGGAGAGCUGAGUUAAUAUUGAGGCAAUCUAGGGAAAAUCAGCAGGAGUUAACACAGUUGUAAAUUAGUUGGUUAGCUUGAUGGGGUACGUACUUCUGUUCCCUGUUCAAAACAGCAGCAAUUGAUUAGGUUUAGGUAAAAGUCAGUCAUACUGUAAUUCUUCUGUGGAUGUCACAGAGUCUAUUUGGAUGUCGAGAUGUAGUAGUGUAGAGCAUUUUUUGAGGUUAGUCAUUGUUCAUUCUGAGAAUC